CCACCCUCUGACCCUCGAAUCACCGUCCCAUUACGAGAUCCAUCAGCAAGACGACCCGUCACGCUUACCGUUUCAAUCCCAGACCAUCAUUACCUCGAUUCAGCUGCAGCCAAGUUCCCCGUGCACUUCAAUAACAACGCUUCUCUUUAUUUGAUUGUCCAAGUCACAGUAUCUUAGCUUAAAGCUCUAUCCACUGCCCUUCUGCUGUCCGCCUUCCUCAGCCUCGCACGACCAAGGAGGACCAGGAACCAGACCCAACCCCCCUUCCAAGUCCCUCCACCGCCGCCGCGAUCCUCUUUCUGGCGUCAUUCCCGCUGAAUACUAUCGACCGCAGCGGAAUUGGCCCGUCCUACAACUGCCCGCUGGGCAGUCGAUGCGCCAAUGAGUUCCGAACUUUCCAUCCUCAACGCCGAGUCAUACAAUGACGGCACAUCCACCUUUCGCGCCCCUCGGAGUCUGCCGCCCCGACAACACGAUGACGCGGGCUCGAGCCCUGGAGCUAACAUGACGCCGACGACGGCCUCCAUGUCUACGGGAGGGGCUGCGAGUGCGGACGAAGAAUCCAGGAAGCGGAAACCGCUUCGCUCUGCCAGCACCGAAUCGGAAGAACCUGACAAGAAAAAGAGAGGCCGGCCGAAACUAGAUACCAAUGAUGAAACAGCUCUUGAUCGUCGUCGAACCCAGAUCCGCCUUGCCCAGAGGGCCUACCGAAACAGAAAAGAAUCCACCAUACAGUCGUUGGAAGCGAGGGUCAAGGAGCUCCAGGACAACAACGAGCGCAUGAAUAUCGCCUUCAUGGAACUCUACAACUUCGCCAUCAACUGCCGCAUAUUCGAGUCCCAGCCGGAAUUCGGCCGUGAGCUUCAAGCGACCACCCAAGUCUUCGUAUCAUUGGCUUCCCGCAGUGCAAGCCAGGACUCCGCAAGGGGAGAGGCCGGGGAUUCCUCAGCUUUUGCUCGUCAGCCGUACCAGCUUGGCGCUAGGACUUCGCACAGGCCAGCCGGUGAUGGUGGCGGCGGACCGACUUGCAAUACGCAGUCUAACGGCCGGGAUGGCCGAGGCUCCUCCGACACCAACCAUAUCGGCGGUCAACGCAUUCUCUACGGCGGUAUUGUGGUCACCCAUGAGCCGGAACCGGAGCCGGAGCCGGAACCGGGACCGGAACCCCAGAACUCGUCAGCUUCGGCCGCCGCUCUGCACGCUACUACCACCACCUCAUCAUGGUCCUCCCCGCCGCCAGUAUCUCAGCCUCCAGCUGCACCGGCCACGGGCUCCUCCCCUACUUCCGCGCAAGCGCAAGCGCACGCGCACACGACGGCCACCCAAGCCUCGGUGCGCGACGCCAGCUUCCCCUUCGGUAUGUCCUCUGCGCUUGACUCUGUCACUUUCACCACCACCAACACCAACACCCUCCUCACCAGGAACCCGCAAGCCGCGAGCCUCCCUCUCCUCGCUGGUAUAGACCCGUACGCGACGCUGCCGCCGCCGGCCUCGUUCUCCCAUCUCGAGCGCACCUUUGGCCGGCGGCUCCAGCGCUUCGCGCUCGAGCAAGCCCUCCGUCUCCUGACGCUCCCGGACCCGCCGCCCACCUUCUACGCCGCCGUGUUCGGCUUCUGCCUCCUCUUCGAAUCCCGAGAACGCAUCACGACGCGCAUUGCUAACUGCCUCAGCGUGAACCAGCGUGAGAACUUGUGCAAUUGGCGCUUCCCUUUCCUCCAUCUCGGCGGCGCAGGCACCUUCUUCCCCGAGCUAAACAACCUCGACACCGUGGACCUCGCCGCCAGCAUGCGAGACGCCGGCGCCGGCAUCAUCGACCCCGUGGCCGGCAUCGACGUCCCGGACGACAGCAGCAACGACAAUGUAUUUACAGCGAGAACCGAUUGCGCCUCCGACGGGUUACCCCUCGGCAACCGCGGAACGGUCGACUUGCACCGGUCCCACCUGGGACGGGACACGCUGUUCGGCCAGGGCCCAUGGGACCCGCUGGUGGAGGAGACGCGGGACAUGCGCGUCGACCACAAGAUGCGCAUCACCACGCCAGGCUUCGAGGGGAACUUUUACGACUGCGACGAGGUGGAAUGGUACCUGCGGACCCGCGGCAUCAUCAUCUCUCCCGGCGCCGACAAGGUCACGGCCACCAUUCCCCUCGAUGCCUUCCCGCCCGUACACCACCACGACGCACAACCCGAGCAAAACACGAACUUUGACGCCGUGAUUGACAAUUCCAUCGACGAAUGGUUGACCAUCAAGGACGGGAUGGCGGGUGACGUCAGUAGUCGGGAUUCUGUGGGGAUACCCACCCCGUGGACCGGCUCCGCGGGGUCGGGGUCGGGGUCGGCGCCGAAGACCCCCGGGUCGGUUUUUUCAUCCACGGUAUGGGGAGAUGCGGCGUUCGGCUCCAUGGCCGUGGAUGCCCUGGGAAGGCCGAUAACCCCUGGGCCGGACAAGCUUACCGUUACUAUUGACGUUGCUAUGCUGGUUCAAGAACUGGCUGUUCGAUCUGUCUGUUUAGGCCGAACCCCCGGGAUACGACCAAAGGACGUGAAUGCUGCCUUUUGGAGCGCCGUUGUUUUGCAGUGAUUGUGUAUUUAUGAUACCUACUCCGUGCCUCUAUAUACAGCUUGCCAGGACAACCUUGGUCCGAGUUUUUGCCUUUUGGAUUUGGAAUUAUAUACCCCGGCGACGAUUUACUUGACCAUUUACUUUUACCACUUGUUACUAUAUUUGUGCGUUGUGUUGUCGGAGUUUGCGAUUCGUCAUGCGUCUCUGUUUCUCAUGGUAUUGUGUCGUGAUGCUUUUCCUAUAAGGUAGGCUAGGAGGACAUCGCUGCACAUAAAAAAACAUGCGGUAACAUGUCUACUUCUCUACUAGACGCUUAAUACGUUCCGGAAUAUAAGUAUCCGAACCACGGG